AUGAACGUCAGCCGCCCAACAUCGUAUGCCAGCGCGCAUCCUCCUCCCAGCAGCGACAUCCACUCUGCCAUCGAUUGCUCCUCGCCAGAACGUGAAUCAGAGUCGUGCUGCCAGCUCUCCCAAGCUCUUCCAGCCUCAUCGCUCAUUGCUGCGAUUGGAUCCACCGUUGAGCAUCGCACCGCCGUCAUGAAUUCCUCUCAGGCCAUGUCGCCCGCCGUAGAAACACGUGGUUCCGCAUCCUCUGUGGACUCUCCCGCCACUCACCUCUCGCCGAAUCCCGUCCCUUCGUCGUGCGCUGACUCGUACCGCCGUCCGCGUCACUUCCUCAAACGCUGCGUUCGCUCCCCGUUGCCUUCCUCGCCGUCGCCAUCGUCCGCGAAGCGCACGUGCAAGCGGCGGCUGUUCCUCGAGUUGGACGAGGCGCCUCGGCGUGAUGGAAACGAGUGUUCCGCCUCCGUCGCCGGCGAUGACGCGGAGGUGGCGACGCCUCUGUUCCGCGAGGAGUACUCACGCCACCGCACGCUUCUACGCCCGCUGCCGUCGCCUUUGCACCUGGGCCUCUCGUGCGCGGACGUCACAGCCCACGACGCCUCCACUAAGCUAUACGACGGCGAGCGCGACGGCCCAUCGUCUCGGUGCUCGUCCGUGGCGGACGGCGAGUGCGGGCAAGUUCCCACACCAGGGCGGGUUGAGGCCGCGCUGAGCAGCCUCUGGGAAGCAGAUGUCACCACACCUCCUGCCUCACCUCGCCCCGAAGCACCCCCUAUCUGCCCCGGCGCGCCUAUGAAGCCCCGUCCACUUGCAAUGACAUGCCACGUGCCCUCUGCUGCCCUGCACCGCAUCAUGCGCCCCCUCUUCCUCUGA